AUGGUGACCGCUACGCGACGACGGUCAUUCCUACCUGCGGAUGAGCAGGAACCGGCAGUCAAUGGGGUUCAGGAUACGAAUUCGAAACGCAAGUCUGGUGCGACGAAAUCCGACAAGCCUGAAACGCAGCGCAGUAAACGACGGAAGAGGACCAGUCUCGAGGCGGCCCAAGAUAGCGAGAACGGCACGCCCAACGAGAAGCCCGAAGUCGCGGAGGAGUCCUCAGCACAGCCAGAGCAGAAAGAGCCCACGAAACAUUUCCGAUUCGGUAGCGAAGAGCCCGAGUUACCGUUGGAUACGACAGCGGACGAACCCGCAGGGAAUGAACAAGAAAAUGAUAGCAGUGACGAUGACGACGAUGCCCCAGAGCAAGUCAACAAUUCCGCACAAGUGCUCCAAGCUAAGACGGAAGCCAAAAAAUUGGAACGAGCCCGGCAAAUAGAGGAGCAGUUGAAAAGAGAAAAGAGAAAGCAGCUGGACGCUUUGCGCAAGCAACAAGCGAAGAGCUCGACCAAGAAAAGAGAAAGACCGGAUGACAUGUUGUCCGAGAGCACGGAGACCCUUCAAGGCUCGAACACACAGGAUGCUAGGCGCUCUGCCCUGCCGGCCCUUCUUCCAGACGAUAUCCUGAAUGCAGAACCCGUUGCGAGACCGCCUACGCCGCCUGCCGAAGGCAUGGACAUCGUUCACAGGAAGCCUAACAAACUUCGAUUCCUCGAGAAAUCGGAGAAAGCGCCCAAGGACGUGGAUCUGGGCGAUGUCACCAUCCGAGUUCUCGAUGGAGACUCAUCACGAAAGAAAGCCAAGACGACAGUAUUACCGCCGAAGACCGCGAAACCGGCUCGGAAUGCCAAGCAGAAUUGGCUGAAUCGGGGACGCAGUACGGGGCAGGUCAAUGGAUUGAGAAGGACCACUGGUGGUACCGGGGGGUUUGUGCGCAAAUAG